UCCUCCUCCUCCUCCUCCAUCACGCCCUUGUAGGGGGGAUGCGCGGCUGGUGCCCUGCCUCUGCCGCCGCUCUACCGGAGCCCGAUGUCAGCGCCGGCGAAGCGGCUCCCUCCGCCUGCUGCUCGGGAAAAUGAAGCGACACCCUCCGUUCUCCUGCUGCUGCUGCUGCUGCUGCCGCCGGCGGGGGUGUUAGAGGGAAGGGCGGCGUGGAGCGCUGCGCACACCGCAAGCCCCAUCCCGCUCUGCACCUGAGCGAGGCACGGACGGACGGACUGCGAUCCGGGGGCUGUUGCUGCUCUAGGGCCAUUCCGAUUAGACUGCCGGAGGGCAUCGGCGCUGCUGCUGUGGGUGUCCUCAUAACCCCUCCUGCUAGAGGCGAGUGCCUCCCCCUUCUCCCUGCAGAAGGGAGGUUGGCUUGGUGCUGCUACUGCUUCUACCUCCUCCUUGUCCGCCUCCUGGCAAGGGGCUGAAGCUUCCUUGGCCCCCCCGUGGUGCAGGGGAGUGCGGUGAAGAAGACGGGCUCCGGGAGGCUAUGGGGGACUUUCCCUUUGGGCUUGCUCCCUAGGCAAGACCUCCCUUUCUCCUAAAAAGGGUUGUGAUUCCCCCCCGCUGCUCUCCCACAUGCCUGUAGACUUAUAGCGUUUAAAAUCCUGCUGAGAGGCGCCUAGGGCCACCUGGAUUUGUGGAAACACCUGGGAUCUACAAGGAGAAAGGCAGAAAGCCAGACAAGUAAAAGGAGUGUUAGCGUUGCUUGACUGGCCAGGCUGCACUUGCAGCUUUGUGACAGGAGUGAAGAAAAUCCUUUUUCGAAUUGGCCUGCUUAAACAACUUGCAUUUUCACGUCUUCAUUGGUCAUCAUGGGGGAGCAACCCAUCUACAGCACCCGAGCUCAUGUCUUCCAGAUUGAUCCUAAUACGAAGAAGAACUGGGUUCCCACCAGCAAGCAUGCUGUUACUGUAUCCUACUUCUAUGACAGCACAAGAAAUGUCUAUAGGAUAAUCAGCUUGGAUGGCUCAAAGGCAAUAAUAAAUAGUACCAUCACGCCCAACAUGACAUUCACAAAAACAUCACAGAAGUUUGGCCAGUGGGCAGAUAGCAGAGCAAAUACUGUGUAUGGCUUGGGAUUUUCCUCUGAACAUCAUCUUUCAAAGUUUGCAGAGAAAUUUCAGGAAUUUAAGGAAGCCGCAAGACUAGCUAAAGAGAAAUCUCAAGAAAAGAUGGAAUUAACAAGUACACCCUCACAGGAAUCUGCAGGAGGUGAUAUUCAAUCCCCUCUUACGCCUGAGAGCAUUAAUGGGACAGAUGAUGAAAGAACAACUCCAGAAGUGACCCAAAACUCAGAACCAAGGGCUGAACCCACCCAGAAUGCUUUGCCAUUUGCGCAUAGUUCGGCAAUCAGCAAGCACUGGGAGGCAGAACUCGCUACACUCAAGGGUAACAAUGCCAAGCUUACAGCGGCUCUGCUUGAGUCCACUGCCAAUGUGAAACAAUGGAAACAACAGCUUGCGGCAUAUCAGGAGGAAGCAGAACGUCUACAUAAACGGGUGACAGAGCUGGAGUGUGUUAGUAGUCAAGCAAAUGCAGUCCACACUCAUAAAACAGAACUAAAUCAGACAAUACAAGAAUUAGAAGCAACUUUGAAGAAAAAGGAGGAGGAAAUAGAAAAAUUGAGACAAGAAAUUGAUAAUGCCCGAGAGCUUCAGGCACAGAGAGACUCUCUAACACAGAAGCUACAAGAAGUGGAAAUUCGAAACAAAGACCUAGAAGGACAGCUCUCUGAUCUUGAACAACGUCUGGAGAAAAGUCAGAAUGAACAAGAAGCUUUUCGCAAUAACUUGAAAACGCUUUUAGAAAUUCUCGAUGGCAAAAUCUUUGAACUAACAGAACUGCGAGAUAACCUGGCCAAGCUAAUAGAAUGCAGCUAAAGCAAAUGGAAUCUCAGUGCCAAAACAUCUUAAAGAUGCACUGUCUCUCUUCAUAGGACUUUGUUGGGCUCUGCAUCAAAGUUGCACAAAAUUAGGGAAAAAAUGUUCCCCCAGGAGGGCCUAUUUUAAAUUUUCAGCAGCAUAUUUGUGUAAAAUUUUAGAAUUCAGCUUGUAGCUAGUUGAAAAAAAAUAAAAGAACUUGAAUUACAAAUUACCUCCUUGUAUAUAAUUGGCCAUAGGUAACUCGAAAGAUAUUAGCAGUAAUUGAAUGCAAUCCUUUUCUAAUUAUUAGCCAGUGAAAGAAUGAGAAGUGCCCCAGAUGACGUCCCUUUUAAAUGUUAGACACAAUGUAGAUGAUCUGCUUUUUUUCUCCUUUCUUUUUCCUUUUUGUUAAGGUACCUAACUGCUGUGUUUUGUGCAAGAACUUUGUGAUGAUAGCCCUUGUCUUUUGUUAUAAUCUUAAUAAUUUCUCAGGAUAUUUUGCACUGUUGAGAAACAGUGCAUUACCAAUUAAUUCUUGCCAGGAGUGAGAGAGAGUUGCAUCUUUAAUUCAAACCUAAUGAAUAACUGCUUGUAUAGAGUUCUUCCCUUUUUUAUACUGGAAGAUACGGUAUUUAUUUACAAUGUUCACUCUGGUGUUCUAUAAUAUUGUCCAGUGUAUGGUUUACUUUCCCCUAUUUUAAGUCCAUGUAUGUAGAAGUUCUGUAUCCCAUUUUGUCAUACAUCUUCAAGCCAAUCAAUGAAGACAGGUGAGUACCUCCAUGUAUUUUAAAAUUUGGUAUAUACAGAUAAGGAUCAAACCAGUCAUUAAAUAUCACACAGGUUUAAUGUUUAUUGUUACUUAAAAUAUUUUACUAUUUUUUAGUGAAAUAUCAUUGAUAAUGAUCAGUGCAGCUUAUUAUAGUGGCUAUAUAGCUAUUGCCAGGGCAUUCCCUUUAGGUUGACCUAGCUCAACCAAGAGAAUUUUUUUAAAAAGAAACUAUAUAAUCAUAGAACAUUGAAAUAGAGAUUUUGUUUUCUCUGUUAGACCUUCACAUCUCAUCUUUAUCAAAAACCACACCAGGCAAUAUUCUGAACUUCAAAACAGGAAUUGAAUUCAGUUAUCCUCAGUGAACAGGUUUUUAAGUUGUUUUGAUGUAAUUUACAAAGACUUUUGCCAAACAUAUAUUUCUUUAUAUACUAUUUUUAUUUUAAGGUAAAAAAAUUGAAAGGUAAGCCAAGUGUCACAUGUCUGCUAAUUGAAUGGGAACUGCAUUUUGGGACAGUCUUGCUGAAAAUUGUCUAAUAUGGGAGAGGAUUUAAAAAAAAAAGAAUGAAAAA